AUGGCCGAGAUGGAGCGUCCAGAGGAGGCGGCCCGGCUCUGGCGAGACGCCGCCCUGCGCGCCAGGAAGCUGCAGAGCAACCUCCAGCAAUUGGAGCUAGAGCUGGGCUCCCGGGGAGAGAGCGGCCCGGAGGCACCGCCGAAGCUGAAAUCCUCGCAGCAGCAGCAGCAGCAACAACCGCCGCCGCCGCCCUCCCCCCUGGAGGCAUUGAACCUGAGCGGGCGCGGCCUGGAUGAGUUGCCGGAGGGCUUGUGCGCUGCCGUGGGCAGCAGCCUGAGCGUCCUCUCGUUGCGGAGGAACCGACUAGCUCAUCUGCCCUCGGCCGCCGCCCUUCGGCACCUGGGCCGCUUGGCCGAACUCGACCUCAGCCACAACCGGUUGCGCUGCCUGCGCGACGACGGCCAGGCGCUGGUGCUCCUGCGCGGGCUCCGUAAACUCAACCUCAGCCACAACCAGCUCGGAGCCGAAGGGACGCUGCCCAGCGGGUUGGGCGAACUGCGACAGCUGGAGGAGCUGGAUCUGAGUUUCAACCGCCUUAGCCACCUGCCGGCCGAGGCCCUGGCCCACCUUCGACAGCUCCGCACCCUGGACGUGGACCACAAUCAGCUUUCUGCCUUCCCUCAAGCCCUGCUGGAGCUGGACGCUCUGGAAGAGCUGGAUUGCUCUGGCAACCGACUCUUACAAUCUCUUCCGGAGGGCAUCACAUCUCUUCGGCACCUGAAAAUCCUGUGGCUCAGUGGCACUGGCUUGACGGCCUUGCCCGAGGGCUUGUGCCAGCUGGGUACCCUUGAGAGUCUCAUGUUGGAUGGGAACCGCCUGAGUGUCCUGCCUGCUGGUUUUGGCAGCCUGCAGCGUCUCAAAAUGCUGAACCUCUCAUCCAACUUGCUGGCUGAUUUCCCGGCAGCUGUGCUGGCCCUUCCUGGCUUGGAGGAGCUCUACCUCAGUCGCAACCAGCUUACCCUGUUGCCCGCUGGACUUUGCCAGCUUUGCCAACUCCGCACGCUUUGGCUGGACAACAAUCGCAUCCGCUACCUGCCUGAUUCCAUAGUCAAGCUUCAUCAGCUGGAGGAACUGGUACUUCAGGGAAAUCAGAUUGCCAUCCUUCCAGAGGGGUUUGGCCAACUCAGUCGUGUGAGUCUCUGGAAAAUCAAAGACAACCCCUUGAUCCAGCCCCCCUACGAGGUCUGUAUGAAGGGCAUCCCUUACAUAGCUGCCUACCAGAAGGAAUUGGCUCACUCUCAGCCUGCCCUUAAGCCCCGUCUCAAACUAGUCCUCAUGGGCCUGAAAAAUGCAGGCAAAACUCUGCUUAGAAAGUGCCUCAUGGAGGAAGAGGAAGAGGAGCAGGCAGAGUCACCUUUCGGUUCGGCUAACAAGAAUUUUGAAAGAACCGAAAGCAGGGGGUGCUUCAUACAACCCCUGAGAGACCUGCCCCAACCUCUGUCUCCAAAAGCACAGCCAAACCAUUGUCCCAUUGUGGAACAGCCCGAGGCUUCCCCUUUGUCUGUCUCACCUCUAAAAUGUUCCUGUUUAGGAUAUAACUCCACUGAGAAGAGGGAUGUGUUCAGUCAGUCCCCCAAAGUUAUUGGUCAGACCCAGACAGGAGGCUCUGCUGCUGAGCAGCAGGAUGAUAUCCCAUUGUCCCCAUCAAUUAAAAUACAUAGAGAAACCUGCUUGGGGAAUUAUCCCCUGAGGCCUCCAGGCUUACAUGUAACAGGGUUGCCAGGCAGCAGCAAAGGUAUUGAAGUGGUAGACUGGACAGCAGAUGUAGAGAGAAGUCUAACCUUCAUUGUAUAUGAGCUGGCAGGAGACCCAAGUUAUGAUGUGAUCCAGCCGUUCUUCCUCUCUCCUGGAGCCCUCUAUGUGUUGGUAGUAAAUCUGAGUACUUACAUGCCACAGUGUUUUUAUCCUUCUGUGGGACAUUUUCUUCACUGGCUGGGGGCAAAGGUGCCUCAUGCUGUGGUAUGUAUGGUGGGCACCCAUGCAGACCUGUGUCCUGAACGGGAGGUGGAGGAGAAAUGUUUAGACAUCCACCGCCAGAUUGCCUGGCAGGAGAAAUGUGACUAUGAAGGCCUCCAGAUUUUGGCCCGGCAGGUGGAUGAAGCUCUGGGGCAGGAUUUUGAUUUGCGCUGCUCUAGCCCCCAUGUUGCUUUCUAUGGGGUAUCAGACAAGAAUCUACGGCGCAAGAAAGCUCAGUUCCAAUAUCUGCUCAAUCACCGUCCACAAAUCCUCUCCCCAGUUUUACCUAUAAGCUGCUGGGAUUGUGUUCAGGUCCGCCGAUUGCGAGAGAAGCUCCUUUCCGUGGCAGAGCACAGAGACAUCUUUCCAAAUUUGCACCGGGUUCUGCCAAGAUCCUGGCAGGUGCUGGAGGAGCUGCACUUCCAACCCCAAGCUCAACAGCUAUGGCUAAGCUGGUGGGACUCUGCUCGACUUGGCCUGCAGGCAGGGCUGACUGAGGAUCGUCUCCAAAGUGCACUUUCCUACUUGCAUGAGAGUGGCAAACUGCUGUAUUUUGAGGAGCACCAGACCCUGCGAGAAUAUGUUUUCCACAAUCUGCCCAGGCUCAUCGACAUUCUCAAUGUCUUCUGCCAGCAUGAUGCCUCAGUAUUGCUCCAGAAACUGCUCAGCAGCACCCAUAUGGAUGAGAUGAAGGCCACACAGCUCCACCACUAUGUGGAAGGAUUUCUGCUUCAUGGCCUUCUCCCUGCCCAUGUUAUUCAUCUGCUUCUCAAGCCCCACAUCCAAAGCAGAGAGGACUUGCAGCUUCUGCUGGAAUUGUUAGAAAAAAUGGGACUCUGUUACGGGGUUAACAAGGCCAAAUCAAAACCCUUGAAUGGAGCUACAGCAUGGUACAAGUUCCCCUGCUAUGUGAAGAACGAGAUGCCUCAUGCAGAGGCAUGGAUCAAUGGUACUACCCUGGGUGGGCAGUCUUUUGGGGCAGAACAGCUGCAGAUUGAGUACAACUUUCCCUUUAUUUUUCCCCCUGGAUUGUUUGCUCGCUACAGUGUGCAGAUUAACAGCCAUGUGGUUCAGCGGUCAGAUGGAAAGUAUCAGAUCUAUGCGUACAGGGGGAAAGUGCCGGUAGUUAUAAGUUACAGGCCUGCCAAAGGCACCCAACAACCAGAUACACUGUCUAUUGCUAGCCAUGCAUCUCUACCAAAUAUAUGGACAGCUUGGCAAGCCAUAACCCCAUUGGUGGAAGAACUAAAUGUACUGCUUCAAGAAUGGCCAGGCUUAUACUAUAGUGUGCAUGUCCUCUGUUCCAAGUGCCUUAAAAGAGGGUCGCCCCACCCACAUACCUUUCCAGGAGAAUUGCUAAGUCAGCCCAGGCCAGAGGGAGUAACUGAGAUCAUCUGUCCGAAGAAUGGUAACGAGCGAGUGAAUGUGGCUUUGGUUUAUCCCCCUACUCCAACAGUGAUCAGCCCUUGUUCCAAGUGACUGCUGGAAGUCGCCUGCCUUGGCCCCUAUUAUAAGGACACAUCAAAUGCCCCUUAAACCCUUGCUAAGCAUUUUUGGAGAUGUACCACCCAGAGAUGGAUCUAAUUAUUUAUGGGGCCUGAAUAUCACAACUUGGGAAAUAAAGAUUAAUGAGAGCAGGUGAGCUGAAGGCUGUGCAUUGGGGUGGACACAAAUCUGCAAUCUACAUGAAUUGAUCCUUUUCACCGAUUGGGGUUGGACUGAUAUGUUCAGAAGAAACAGAAAGCAUCAUCAUCCUGAUCUACUGUUGAAUCUGAUUACCCUGCAGUAUGAAGGCUCUCACAAGAACCAAGACCAUUGUUCGCUGAGAACACUAUUGACCUGUGUUUUGCACUUGUUUGGACUCACGAAUGUAAGCUUUUUCUCAAUGUAUGUACCAUUAGAUGUACCUGAAGAAAUAUCUAAUGAAAAGGAAUUGUUGUUAACUUUGGUGGUUUCUGUGCAGGUAGGUGUUGAAUUUAUCACUGGCAGCUUCAGUUGGCCCCUCCAGCAGGCAAGAAGUCUAGCAUCUAUUCACUUCUUCCAUGGUCUUUAGAAGCCAAGACAGACUGUCAGAAUGGUGCUUGGGGAGUUCUAUUAUGUCUGUGGGAUACCUUUUUAGUUCUCCUGUGUGUUUCACCCCAAUUAUACUGUCUAUUAAAUCAUAGCGCUAGCUGUUACUUGUGCACAAGGAUAGCAGUGCAGCAAGAGAUAUAGGAAGCUUAAAUAUGUACACAUGUACACAUGUUCCUCAGUUACUGUCUGAGAUAUCACAGAGAUAAUCUUGGGCAGAAUUAUAUAAAUUUAAUGGAGCCAAAUUUAUUAAAUACCAACAAUCUUCCUUUUCACCCACAAGUACAGUCAUCAUGAUGACAUAAAUGGUCUGAAUGAUCCUUAUAUAAAUUCACUACAUCACAGAAUUUUCACUGAAGAAAAAAACUUCUUGGAUAAAUUGUUAUCAGGAAGUUCAAGUCAGAUUUUGGAGUUUACCCAGCCUUAGUUAAGUGCUACUAGCUGAGUUCCUUUGGCCUGAACCAAAACAGCUAGGUUUAUUUUCAUAUAACUACAGCCAAAUAACCUAAUGUAGCCUUGCAAAUAAAUUUGCAAAAGGUAAACAUCUGCAAAAUUGUUCCUGUUGCUUUCACAGAAACAGCCUAAAAAGGAAGAAGUGGGAAAAGAGAGAAUGCACUCUUUUUUUUUUUUCUUUUCAGUUUAUAAAAAACAUCUCACUGUUUGGCCAUCAACGGGCUUGCUCCCUACAUAGAUAGUUUAGCAGAGUGGAGAAGUUUGAAGCCUGAAUGUGCAGGCUAGCUAUUUGUGAAGGCAAACAUAACAUGGUAGCCUCAUAUAUAACUUCAUAUAUAGUCUCCCAAACCUCUUCUUACUUGCCAUGUUCUUUUAAGAUGUGGUAACUUAGAAAUGAAAAGUAGGUGAACUCCUCCAAUCUCACUGAUUUUCAUCUGAACUUUCCCUCAUUAUCAACCAUUGAAAAAUUCUAGUGUACAGUCAUGGGUCUUGUCCUAUUCUGCUGGUUAGAGAUUAGUACUUUGAAACAAAAGAUGCACCUGAUGGCACAAUAUUUUCUUCAUCGUUCCUAACUUGUACUGAAGAAAAUUAGUAUGCCACAAGAUACUCUUAUGUAUUCAGGUAUCUUUAAUUUGUACGUCUACUUUUCCCAGGUUUAUUACAUCUUGUCUUCAGCUCAGUCUGUUUCUGCUAGUGUUGCAAUUCCUUUUGGAUUGGUUGGAAAUUAAUUUGAAAUCUGAUUCCACCUACUUGCCAUCCUCAAUAUGGGAUGGCAGGAAAAGCAGAGUAAAGUCUAGUAUGCCAAAAUUAUAACAUUGCAGAAUCUGGGAUUAGCUUUAUAUCGAUUAUAAAUUCUAAAUGCUCUUUAAGUCCCUUUCAGGAAAGGCCCAUUUGUUGUGAGCAGCUCUUUUUGGAAAUGUUCUUCCUUUCCCUCCCUCCCUCCCUUCCCAUUUUUUAUUUUUUCAGUUUCUUGGAUUUGGUCUGGCAUUUCCUGCAAAAGGACUGGCAAUUAAGGAGACAUUCUUUCUUUUGCUCAUUUGGCUCUUUUCCUUUGUUUAGAACAUCCAUCUGUCCAUGGUCAAUUUUUUUAGGAGCUUGCUUGAAUUAGCCUUAAUAUUAGCUCAGCUCUUAAAAGGUUGCUGAGCUAUGUGAAAAUCCAGGAAAUGCCGGUCACUGAGAUAGCAUCCAGCCUAAUUCUCACAUAUUAUCUGCUUCCUUUCAUUUUUAUUUAAUUUUAGAAUUCAUUUUGCCAGCAGCAAGUAAAAUUGUACAGCAGGUUAGACUGCUGCACUGAGUUUAAAAUAAGAAAUAAUUAACAUUAUUCUCCCCUCCCGUUUAGCUGGAGUCACACUCAAGUUGGCAACUGGCACCAUCACAGAAGCAAAAUAAAUUUAAAAAGACUUUUCCCUCUGCAUACUUGUUCACAAAUUCUUACUUAGGAUUAUAGUGAUGCACUAAUGUGGUGGUCUAGUUGGAAGCAUCCUAAAAAAGCAGUUACAAAACUCAAACAGAAGAGGUCAUCCAAAAUAAUAUUCAUUCCCUCAUUCUAGAUAUCAAAUGAAUAUCAGGUUGAUUUCCCAAUAAAAGAUUUAAGGAAUAGCCAAGAAAAUUCUGACCUAGAUGUAUUUAUGAAAAAGUUGACCUGUUUCAGUAAUACAAAAUCAAUCAUAGAAGUGAAUUGAUGUUAGAGAAGGCUUGUUAGUUGAAACAAGAGAUUAAAUUGCUAAUUAUUGGCCACACUGAAAUCGGUGCCACUUAAUUGGCAGGCCCAAACAUUUAACUUGAUUUGUUUUCCUCAAAUGAUUGGAUAUGUUUGUUUUUCCAACAAUUAAAUAUCCACAUAAUGAUUACACUGGGUUUGAGGCAUACAUGAAGAAUACUAUUAUUCUUCAUACUGCAUAUCCAAUUUUAAAAAGUUCCAAGUCCAUUCCAGUUAUUAAAUAAAUAAGCACUAACAAAUCAUCAGAACAGUAGCUGCCUGUUUGACAAUUUUGAUUAGUAGGACAGAGUCCAUGUUUAUAAACAACAGGCAUGAAAGUUCUCGGUAUUUUUAACUGUAAGCAAAAAAUCAUUUCAAGGUGUAUAUGACAUUCACUUACUUUAACCUAGAUAUACAGUUUGUAUCUGGCAAACAAGGUAAAUCUUAUUUAAACAAGGAGAAAAAGCUAUUGAGCUUUUCUUUCUACUGUCCCAUCAUCAAACUGAUGUAUUGCCCCUGCUCAUUAUCGCAGCUAUUAUAUUGAAAUAAUAUGCAUAUUGGGAUAAUAAGAAUAUUGGACACUGAUUGUUAGUUUUUGAAAGGAGGUUUGAGUUCAGGGCAGAAGAUCACAUGCUGCAAGUAUCUUAAGACUCUAAAACUGUCCCAUUUAUUUUCCCUUCCUUCCCCACCAACCCUGAAAAGUUUGGCUUGAUUCUCAUUCUGAUGUUGUUUGAGGAUUAUCUGAAAGGAAAUAUAAUUGUCAUAUUUAUUUUUGUUGCUAGAUUAUCCAGUUUGUUUCAGUUUCCUCUUACCAAUUGAUAAGUGGACAGGCCACCUGGAUUGAUUGGUGGGGGGGGGGGGGAUAGAUUUCCUACUAACCUGUAGCCACUAUCUAAACAUUUGCAGAGUGCCAAGUUGGAAAUGGCUCUUUUAACACUGAAUAGAGUAAAAAGGGGGAGAUUUUGUGCUGGCAUCUGAGACUCUUUCCCUUUCUUCUAUUAUGAUACCUGUCUACCACAUCUGCUGGCUGAUGGUUAAGAUUAGCAUGGCAUCUCUCUAAAAAAUCAUCAGGCCAGAGGUAGAUAUAACAUAUUGUCUCUUAAAAGUUGAAAAUACUACAGUAUACUGAAGAACUACUAAGUCCAGAGUUUCCCAGCCUUCUGGGAGUUGAGGUCCACCCAUCUUAAAGUUGCCAUGGUCAAGAAACAAUGACUUAGCCAAAUACUGAAAUGAGCAAAAAAGGAGAAUUGUAGGAAAUGGCAGAAGGCGAGUGAAUAUAUAAAAGAGCUUUCAUUUAUUUAAUCAUUGUGUACCCCAUCUUAAAUCGUCAAGGGGAGUAACAAAACUAAAUAAUAGAGUUGGUCUUUGCCUUGGCAUCACCCAAGAACCAGAUCAAAAUAGGGUAACUUGGAGUGGGUUUAUUUAAGUUGCUUGAGUCAGGACAGAUGUGUUCGACUUGCUUCCUAUACCUCAAUUCCUGCUACGGAUUGUUUUAUAAAAUGGAGGAUAGUUCACUGAAUGUUGUAUAGCACAUCUUAAAAAAGUAAAAAUCUUUCUCAAGCAAAGUGAAAUUUAGAAGUAUUAUUCUCAUCAUAGCUUGGUGGGGAUAAGUCAUUCUGCAUUCAGGAAUGAACAGGUCCAUCUUCAAACCAGAGACCUUGAGAUUGGUCAUCUCGACCACAGCUCUUUGGACAGGAGGAAAGAAAAUGGGCUGAUACAUAUCCUGUAGCUGCAAUCAAUCAAUAUUUUUCAGUGCUGUGCGUGGCAAUGCUUCUUGUGAAUAAUUAACUGAUUAUGAUUUUUUACAAACCUCUCACAGUCUUCCAUCAAUUUAUUUGUCGUCCUAUUCCUUUUCUCAAACCUUCAGCUUGCUUUCAGAAUAUGUUUCCAGUUCUCUUUUUGUGUAAAAGCAAUGUUCAAUUAUACUAGGGUGUUUUUGUUUUUUGUUAUUUACUACGGUAUUAGUUGUAAUUUUAUAAUUGCCUAAAUGACUGGAAAUAAUGUAUUUUUCUGGCAUUGGAAAAGAGUAUCCAUAGUUGAUUGACUUGUUUCACUUGCUCUGUCAAGAAGAGGUAGUUUUUCUUUGCAUUUCCUUAAGGAGAAGGAGAGCAACUUUGUGAAAUGUUUCCAGACCUACCUACUCUGGUGUACAGCAAAAACAGCUCCUUUUUUCCUCUUUUAUCUUCUGCUAUGAGAAAAACCCAGGUAGUCUUACAAUUUUCAUAAAUGCUUCUGGAGAGCAUUCUGACAAAUAGGGCAACCAACUCUUGAGUUCUAUCCCUGGAUAAGUGCUUUCUCCAGGAUGUGCAAUCACUCAAGCAGGUCCACCUGUAUGUUUACUUCAUGAUUUGGCUGUGACACAAAUAGCAGAUAUUAGUUGCACAGCUUGAGAUGAUAGGAUCAUUAAUUUUGGAAGUGAACAAAGGGACCCUUGGAUCAAAGGUGACGUUUCUGGGAAGGAGAGCUGCUGUUUCUGGCUCUACCAGUGAUACGUGCAUUAGAUUUUCACCCUUUGCAAGUGCUCUUCUCAACUUGCUUAUUCUCAUGCUUUCUGCUUUCCAGGACUUCAAGGCUGUUUCUCUGAGAAGCUAUUUCUCAAAGCUCUACUCGUGGCAUCUGCAAUCUUGGACAGGAAAAGGUAGAAAAUGGUAUUUUGCCAGGUUGUAAACAGCCCUCAGCAGAGUGUUAACUAAAGGCUACUUGAAGUGCACACCAAACUAAUAUCCACAUGUUUCUCAGGAUCCCAAAUGUCUAGGCAAGAGUGUGCUUGUUUCACAGUGCUAAUUUGGAUGCAGAGAUCUGAGGGGAGCUGUCACCCUCGGAGAAUUAAUCUCCCCCCUUCCCCACUUCCAAUAUGGAAAAUGGAGAACUUUUAAAUGAAAGAUUCAUGGUAUACUUUCAGAGGAAAUGGGAAGCUAUUUUGAGAUGCAGAUUUACUGCUGCUUGCUAAACCCCCUCCCCUUUACAAAACCGUUACCCCAUUUUUCUUUCUCUCUUACUCUGACAAAACAAUCAACCAAUCCCUGGAUGAUUCCGAAGUCAGAUAAUCCUUUCCCUCAUAUCUUCUGCCAUGAUCAUCUUUCAUCGGGGUCACGAAAGUUUAUUGUCAACAAAGAUCAACCCUUCAUUGUUGAGCACUAUGACAAAUCUCUACACCCCAUUUUGCAGGCUUCAAAAUGCCACUGGCAGAUGCCAUUAUGUGUCUCUUACUUGGGGAACAAUAAUCAAAAAGGAAACGGUAACAUAGAAAGUAUCUUGAUAUAAAGUGAACUUAUAUUAAAUAGGUCUCAGCUACCUUUGCAUGGUCCGAAUGGCUUGUCUAGUAUAAAUAUAUGAAAAUGCCAGUUGGGCAAGACUUCAUCAAUGACUGGAAUACAGACUAAACACAUGAAUUAAAAUGUUCCCUGCACUUUAUAUAAAGGGGAUUACUACUGUGAUUAUUGCCAGUCUUUAACAAGAAGAUCCAUUGUUGGGAGAUCAGACACCAUGAAUGCUUGGGUAUUACACAUAAACAUUCACAGGAGAAACACCUAUAGAUGCUUCAGGUUAUCAGUCAUCUACUUUCUAUUUAAACCACACAGCUAGUUGGAAAAGGUUGUGAGGAUACUAUUAAAUAUUUAUAGAAUCCAAAAAGAAUGGGGAAAGAGAUCCUGGAUUAUGGGAUAUACUCUACUGCUCCCACAUUGGAGCACUAAAAUUGAUUCUACAAUGUCUCCAACAAGGAGACUGGUAUCCAUGGACUUUUAGAAGACAUACAGGUAGUCUUUGGCUUGCAACCAUUCAUUUACUGACUAUUCAAAGUUACAAUGGCACUGAAAAAAAAAGUGACUUAGGACCACUUCCCACACUUACAACUGUUGCAGCAUCCUGGUUGCACAAUCAAAAUUCAGGCACUUGGUAACUGGUAUGUAUUUAUGAUGGUUCCAUUAUCCUAGGGUCAUCAUUAUCCUUGGUCGCCAUUUGCGACCUUCCCAGCCACUUCUGACAAGCAAUGUCAAUGGGGGAAGCUAGAUUCAUUUUAAUGAGCACGAUUCACUUAAUAACUUCAGUGAUUCAUUUAACAAGCCUAGCAAAAAUUGUCAAGUGGAGCACAAGUCACUUAACUAUGUAAGUCAUAAGUCGAGGACUACUUGUAUUUAUUACAUACUAUUAAUCCAUCCCAUUGAAGAUUCCUCCAAUUUGAGUGUUUGGUACAGUGCUUCUAGAAUAUUGCCCUUCCCUUCAUGCUACUAUCAGUCAUGGCGGGGAUGGGGGUGUCCAAUUUGAUGGCACGUUUUCAACAUCAUAGUACAUUGUGAACUCCAGAGUGUUUUUUCUCUUACUUCCCAGACAUGAAUAAAACCCUGCCCUGCCUGCUAAAAUGAGUAAGAUAAAUGCUAGCUAGGAUUCAUUCAUUGUAGAAAGAAGGCCUUCAAAUAAAAUUCAAUGUUCGAUAUUGCA